GCCUGGUGGCCUUAGCAGGUCCGCAGGCGGCUGUGUGAGGGGAGGUAGGCUGUGUGCAGGCCACUACGCCCCCCGGUGACUCGCCGCCAUGAGCAGCACCUUAGCCAAGAUCGCGGAGAUCGAAGCCGAGAUGGCUCGGACUCAAAAGAACAAGGCCACAGCACACCACCUAGGGCUGCUUAAGGCUCGCCUUGCUAAGCUUCGUAGAGAACUCAUUACCCCCAAAGGUGGUGGUGGUGGUGGGCCAGGAGAAGGUUUUGAUGUGGCCAAGACAGGUGAUGCUCGAAUUGGUUUUGUGGGUUUUCCAUCAGUGGGGAAGUCAACACUACUUAGCAACCUGGCGGGAGUAUAUUCUGAGGUGGCAGCUUAUGAAUUCACUACUCUGACCACUGUGCCUGGUGUCAUCAGAUACAAAGGUGCCAAGAUCCAGCUCCUGGAUCUUCCAGGUAUCAUUGAGGGUGCCAAGGAUGGGAAAGGCAGAGGCCGUCAAGUCAUUGCAGUGGCCCGAACAUGUAACUUGAUCCUGAUUGUUCUGGAUGUCCUGAAACCUUUGGGGCAUAAAAAGAUAAUUGAAAAUGAGCUGGAAGGCUUUGGCAUUCGUUUGAACAGCAAACCCCCUAACAUUGGCUUUAAGAAGAAGGAUAAAGGAGGCAUUAAUCUCACAGCCACCUGCCCUCAGAGUGAGCUGGAUGCUGAAACUGUGAAAAGCAUUUUGGCUGAAUACAAAAUUCACAAUGCUGAUGUGACUCUGCGUAGUGAUGCCACAGCAGAUGACCUUAUUGAUGUGGUGGAAGGAAACAGAGUUUAUAUCCCUUGUAUUUAUGUAUUGAAUAAGAUUGAUCAGAUCUCCAUUGAGGAAUUGGAUAUCAUCUAUAAGGUGCCUCACUGUGUCCCCAUUUCUGCCCAUCACCGCUGGAAUUUUGACGACCUAUUGGAAAAGAUCUGGGACUAUCUGAAGCUAGUGAGGAUUUACACCAAACCCAAAGGCCAGUUGCCAGAUUAUACAUCCCCAGUGGUACUGCCUUACUCUAGGACCACGGUGGAGGAUUUCUGCAUGAAGAUUCACAAAAAUCUUAUCAAAGAAUUUAAAUACGCUCUGGUCUGGGGUCUGUCUGUGAAACACAAUCCUCAAAAAGUGGGUAAAGACCAUACGUUGGAAGAUGAGGAUGUCAUUCAGAUUGUGAAGAAGUGAAACCUAUCCCUCUGCCGGGCCAACCACAAGAGCUUUCCCCAUGACUAAGCACCCUACCCGAGACCCCUUCUGGCUUUGGCAGCCAGUGGAUCAGGAUUCAGGGGAGGGAAAUGGAGGCACCCAAACUGGAACUUUACUUAUCUUAACUUGGUGUCACCUUGUAAAUUCAACUGCAUAAAGGACCUGGUAAGCCAGCCAGCUAUAUGCAGUUCACGUGUCAUUGUCAGAAUUUGUUUUGGGAUGGACUGAAUGAAGAUGACUAUGUACAGUGAGGCAGCUGCAGAAGGGGUUAUUUGGGAGCUUGGUUUUGAGUGUGAAAUGGAUAAAAAUGUGACUGCAACAUCUUACUUGAUGUUUAGUCAUGGGAAACCCUUCCAACUGGAUGUGGC